AUGCCAACCGUAAUCCUCGGCGGCGGAAUAAUCGGCUCCGCAAUCGCCUACUACCUAUCCGAGACCCAUCCACCAGGGGACAUCCAUAUCAUUGAAUCCUCAACGGCACUAUUCAGCUCUGCGUCUGGGUACGCGGCUGGCUUUCUGGCAAAGGAUUGGUUUAGCCCGGAUGUUGCUUCUCUGGGUGAGCUUUCGUUUGGGUUACAUGAGAGGUUGGCUAUUGAAUAUGGUGGGGUGGAGAGGUGGGGGUAUAUGAAGGGGAUGGCUUUGAGUUACGAUGCCACUAUUAAGAGGGGGAGUGGUAGUCAAGGUGACGAGUGGAUGGAUAGAGGGGGUAGUCGAGCGGAAAUGGCUUCUAGGUCGACUUUGGGGAGUGAGAUGGGGGCUCCGGCUUGGUUGACGGUGAGGUCGGGGGUGGAGGUGGAGAGGAUUAGUGAUGUUGAUACUGCGCAGGUUGAUCCGUUGAGACUGUGUCGGUUUCUGAUGGAUACGGCUGUAUCCCGUGGUGUGCAGCUUCAUCACCCGGCUAGGGCUACUUCUCUCGUCACAGACAGUGGCACUCUUACUGGAGUCAAGAUGGUCGAUCUCGUUUCGCAGGAGGAGUCUACACUUCCGUGUACCCAUCUCGUUAUUUGUGCGGGGGCUUGGACGUCGCGUGUCUUCGAGGAUCUCUUUCCUUCCGCGCAGGUCUCCAUUCCCGUCUCGCAGUUGACGGGAUAUUCUCUCGUCCUCCGUUCUCUGAGACAUACCCUGGAACACGAGCAACAAACAUACGGAGGUAGAUGUCACGCUAUCUUCACCGAAAACCCCUUUUCCUGCGGCUUCAGUCCGGAGAUCUUCUCGCGACAGGGCGGCGAGAUCUACAUUGCUGGUCUGAAUGAUCCAGAUAUGCCACUACCAGGUCUAGCAGAGGAGUCUCGGAAUUUAAUCGAUCGUGAUGAGUUAAGGAGGUUAAAGGCCGUGUCUACCCAGUUAAUGGGUAGACUCGUGGAUGAGGAUGCUGGAGUCACUGACGUAAACAUGGAUGAUUUGGAGGUUCUUCGUGAGGGAUUGUGCUUCCGUCCUGUUACCCAUCGGGGAACGCCUGUUGUGUGCAGGGUAGAUGAUGAUUUUCUGGGAGAUGGACUGAAGACCGAUGGUCACGGUGGUAUUUUUGUGGCUUCUGGACAUGGUCCUUGGGGGAUCUCGUUGUCGUUGGGGACUGGGAGGGUCGUGGCGGAUAUGGUAGAGGGUGUGCGGCCGAGGGCUGAUGUGAAAUCCCAGAUAUUCGUGAUAUUUGAAGUUCGAGAUCCUAUCCUACAGGGCUCAAUAACCUGCGCCGACUUCUGA